AAUUCAAACCAAACCCUGGCAGAGCAGCCAGAGUGCGAGAGAACGACCAGACAUUGAAGUUAUCUGACAAGGUCAGGGCUGGAUUAACCAAUAAACCAGGUGUGUGAAGGUCUAUAUUACUUGUCCAGGAUGGCGCUGAAGAUAGUGUGGUUGACACUUGGAGUGGUCAGGUUACUGUGGUGCCUCAAUCCGCAAACUGGUUACAUACACCCUGAUGAAUUUUUCCAGUCUCCAGAGGUCAUGGCAGGUGAUAUUUUGAACUUAAAAAUCUUACGCCCAUGGGAGUUCAAUACCAGCUACCCCAGCAGGUCGGUCCUGUUCCCUUUAGUGACAUCUGGCCUUUCCUUCACAGUCCUUAAAACUUUACACAAUUCCAAUCUUUUUGGCAGCAUCGUGAACAGCUACAGCUUGUUGGUUGUCCCUAGGUUCUUCAUGACAUGCCUGUCCUUUCUAAUAGACUAUGUGAUCUACCGGCUGUCCCGUCUCUGGGGAGCAAACCCAUGGAAUGCUUUAGUGCUGCUCAGCAGCUCACAUGUGAUGUUGGUCUUUUACACCAGGACAUUUUCAAACGUUAUAGAAGGAGCUCUGUUUGCGUUACUGCUGUUACUGGUGGCAAUGGAUGUGAAGCCUGCGACUGUGACACAGCAUCACAGGGCACAGAAGAAGAGAAACCAUAAGCAUCUCAUUGGGAUUGUUUUAGUCUCUGGCUUCUUCAACAGACCCACAUUUAUCGGCUUCGCUUUGGUGCCAAUGCUAACCUGGCUUUUUCGUGAUCAGGGUGGCAAAAUUCAAUUCAGUUUAAAAACAAUAAUGCUGAAUUCAUUUGGUAUUUUGUCCCCAGUGAUUGCAACCAGUUUUAUUUUCAUUGUGACAGAUUCAGUCUAUUUCAGUUCAUUAUUAUCUUUGAUAGACAAGAAAGCUGUCAACAUAACCCCGUAUCUAGUGUUAAGUCCUAUUAAUUUCAUUGUGUAUAACUUUCAGCCCAAAAACCUCAUUGCACAUGGCAGCCAUCCCUGGUUUACACAUCUGACUGUUAACAGUCUCAUGCUGUUUGGUGUCCUUCAUUUCUCAGCCAUUGUAACUGGCAUCCAAAUGGUAACUGGCAAAUUUGCCCACAAAGCUGGCUCUCAGAAACAACAAUGGGAAAGUAAAUUGGCAGCACAGUCUCCUGCUCUCUCUCCCAUUACUGGGUAUAUAAUGUUAGUCUAUUUUGUGCCAUUGAUCAUUCUAUCUCUGUUUAGUCACCAGGAAGCACGAUUUAUUAUCCCACUUAUUGUUCCCCUGGUCAUUCUCACUGCUCCAAAAUAUGAGCUGGUCAGGUGGAAAGUUGUAGUUGUGAUGUUUAAUGUCUUUGGGUCAGUGCUGUUUGGUUGUCUGCAUCAGGGCGGCCUAAUUCCUUGUCUGUCCUAUUUAGAGAAAACCCUGCAUUCAAACACUCCAAUAGUUGACCAGCACAAGCAUAAUUUGGUGUUUUACCACACCUACAUGCCUCCUCGAUAUUUGCUGAACAUCAGAAAAGACCAGGAUUCUGUCAGAAUCAUUGACUUGGGAGGAGCUGAAGUAUCUGUGCUUCACAAGACAGUGUCAGAGUUACUUGAUGAUUUAUCUUCCAAACACAUUGGGAGUGACCAAGAUAUGAACAUCUACAUUGUUGCUCCUGGCACUGUUCAAGAAGUUGUUAAGAAUUCUGGUUUGUCAUUGCAAACGACUGCGUCAUUUUUCCCUCAUUUAUCCAUGGAAGAUCCUCCUGAUUUACCUUCCCUUCUUUCCAAAGAUGGACUGGACCAGUUAAACCUUUACGUUUUCAAAGUGAUGCAAGGCCUAAAAAGUUAGAAUUCUGAUGGGAGAUUGUCUUUAUCUGCUCUCCUCAUGAUUGGCUUCAACUAGCCUUUAUCUUGUACCCCUUCCAGACAUACAAGAAAGAUGUUAGAAAAGCCUCCCCAAUAUAAGAACCACGUUCGAAUUUUUACAAAAUAGUUAUGAUUUGAAAUUGGUGGUGAAUAAAAUGAAUGUUUAGGUUGAUAGAUGAUUUUAUGCCCCUCAUCUCUGUCCCACGUCUCUUCACUUUCCGUUGCUAACUUGUCUUUCUCUGUUUAAUUAACACAACCUACUUUGACCUUUCCUAUCACUAUUCUUUCAAAACUUCAAAUUUGUCAUUUGACCUGUUCUUUCCGUAAUAUUC